CUCCGGGCGCGCUGGGAACCGCCAGACCCAGACCUGGGCGCCGCCCGCCGUGGGGGACGCGCGCCCCCCGCCAAGCUUCAGACAAAACCCAAAUUCAGAGAUAGGUUGCGGGCGGCAGGCAAGAAGGCUUCGCGCCGAGCCGGGACCCCCGCAGCCCCCGGGACGGCCGGCGGGUGGGCGCGAUGAGCCAGGUGCUGGGGAAGCCGCAGCCGGAAGACGAGGACGACGACGAAGAGGAGGAUGAACUGGUGGGGCUAGCGGACUACGGGGACGGGCCCGACUCCUCGGACGCAGACCCGGACAGCGGGGCGGAGGAGGGAGUUCUGGACUUCAGCGAUCCCUUCAGCACUGAAGUGAAGCCGAGAAUCCUGCUCAUGGGCCUGAGGAGAAGUGGCAAGUCGUCUAUUCAGAAAGUUGUCUUUCACAAAAUGUCUCCCAACGAAACCCUGUUCUUGGAGAGCACUAACAAGAUAUGCCGGGAAGAUGUUUCCAACAGCUCCUUUGUUAAUUUUCAGAUCUGGGACUUUCCAGGGCAGAUUGACUUCUUUGACCCUACAUUUGAUUACGAGAUGAUCUUCAGGGGAACAGGAGCACUGAUAUUUGUCAUUGACUCCCAGGACGAUUACAUGGAAGCCUUGGCCAGGCUCCACCUCACGGUGACCAGGGCCUACAAAGUCAACACCGACAUCAACUUUGAGGUGUUUAUUCAUAAAGUGGAUGGCUUGUCAGAUGACCACAAAAUUGAAACCCAAAGAGAUAUUCACCAGAGGGCAAAUGAUGACCUUGCAGAUGCUGGAUUAGAAAAAAUUCACCUCAGCUUUUAUCUGACAAGCAUCUAUGAUCAUUCGAUAUUUGAAGCUUUUAGCAAAGUAGUCCAGAAACUGAUCCCACAACUCCCAACCCUGGAGAAUUUGCUAAACAUCUUUAUCUCAAAUUCUGGGAUUGAAAAGGCAUUUCUAUUUGAUGUGGUCAGUAAAAUUUAUAUCGCAACUGAUAGUACCCCGGUGGAUAUGCAAACCUAUGAGCUGUGCUGUGAUAUGAUAGACGUGGUUAUCGACAUCUCUUGUAUUUAUGGCCUCAAAGAAGAUGGAGCUGGAACCCCCUAUGACAAGGAAUCAACAGCCAUUAUUAAACUGAAUAAUACAACAGUUCUUUAUUUAAAAGAAGUGACAAAGUUCCUGGCUCUUGUUUGCUUUGUCAGAGAGGAGAGCUUUGAAAGAAAAGGGCUUAUUGACUAUAAUUUUCACUGCUUCCGGAAGGCCAUCCAUGAAGUCUUUGAGGUGAGAAUGAAAGUGGUGAAAUCUCGAAAGGCUCAGAAUCGGCUGCAGAAGAAAAAAGGAGCCACCCCGAAUGGGACUCCUCGAGUGCUGCUGUAGGUGAGGUUCCAGGAACAUCUUUUGAAAUCAGAUCUUUUUGGUGAGGCCGCUGUACCGGGUUGCACUAAAAGAAGGGGACAAAAGAGACUGGGACACGUGACAUAGAUUUGUUGUUUAAAAAAAAAAAAUUCCUGCAACCUACUUGAUCUCUUUUUUAAAUAAAGUACCUGUAAGCACUUUGAAGCAAAAACUUGUAUAUUAACAAUGAAGUGAAAUCCACUGUAAUUUUAUUACACAAAUGUAAACUUUUCUGGUCGGUAGUAAGAAAAAUCACAUAUGAGAACUGCCAGGAACUGUAUCUAUUUUGCACUUUUUCAUGUUUUUUUCUCAUUGAACUGAACUUUGAUAAAACUACUUUUCUAAGCUUUUUUCUGUACUUGGUGUAAAGGACAUGCAUACUGGAGUCCAUAUACAUAUGGCAAUCAAAAAUUAAUCAAAAAGUGAUGCAUUGGCAAUGACUUUUUUUUAUAAAUUUGGGAAUAUUUGCUACCAAUUAUUGAGAAAACUCAUUUUUCAGUGGAGCUGGAACAGAUUGGGGCAGCAGGCUCCAGUAGCAAUAAGAACUGUCCUCUGUUUGUAAUGGGUGUAAACACGAGUUUUGUAGAAUAAUAUUAGCACCAAACUUAUAUAGAAAUUUCUAUAGCCGUGGCAGUGCUCCCCUACUCGAUUUUUACGAAGCUCUUUACCUCAACACACAUCUCUAUAGUCACUUUAUACAAAGAGGUUAGUUCUUUGUGCUGUACUACUGUUCUUUAGAACCUCUGGGACCAGAUUUCCAACAUGGUGCCAACCACUGGAGAGAAAUAAGCCAGUCGCUAAAAUGCAGGGGUUCUGGAGGCUUUUCUUUACCUGCCACCUGGAACUGAAGUAACAUCAGAGGUCAAAAAGUUUCAUGAAUGUAGGUGAUUGGCAAGUGUAGACUAAAAUAUAUAUAUUUAUAUAUAUACAUAGUGUGUAUAUACAUAUUUGUAUUUCCAGCCCUUGUGAAAGGGGCCUCUUGUUAUACAUUUAAAAUGUUUAGGGCCCAUUUGUUACUGCUUCUUGACCACAGUGAGCAGAGCUGGUCUCAGAUCUCCACUACGGAAUGGAAUCCUGCUGGGCACAUUUGUCACCUCUGAGUCUCUUUGUCGUCUGCAAUAGUGUGCCUUGUGGACGUCGCCCAUUCCUACCUUAUGAUUGGACUAGAACUCAGCUGGCCACCAGCUCACUCCGUAAGGCUGAAGAGCCGUUCUGAAAAUUCCUAAUCAUCCGCGGGGAAAGGAUGGCCAGAGGAGGCAUUACAAUUAGCUGUGUAUUUGUUUCUAUGAAAUUCUUUCAUUUAUAUUUACUUUAGACUAGCAGGAAAUUAAAAGACUCUUAAAUCCUUCCCAGCCUCAAACCAUUCCAAGUAGAUAAUUCUCUAUUCAUCCCAAAGGUCAGUGCCCUAAGGCAUGCUUGUGGGGCACUGGAAAGUUUUUCUUUUUAAGCAGAGCCUCCUGGGUCAUCAAAGCUGGUCCUAGCAAAGGGUGUGAAGUCCCUAAAGCAACUUGCCCUGAAACUCUCACAUCUGUGGCUUCUUUCCAUCUUCUCUCUUCCCUCUCUUCAAGUCCUAUUCCUUCCAAGCUGGUAACUGAAGUUUGAGAUGGUAACCGAUUGGGGUUUAAGGUUUGAGCCUCUCAAGGGUCUGUGCGUUUUUGGGAGGAGAUUUCUAAAAAUCAGUAAGGCACCCUAACUCCCUUCCUCAUGAUUCCUACUGAGGAACCUGGGUACAUAGGAACCCAGGGCUCCAGGGAAGCUCUUUCCCUCACUUCCAGAGCUAUACCCUGUUGGACCCUUGCCCACAGGCCUGACACGUAUGGGUUAUUCUUAUAAAUCUAAUUCUCUAAUAUUUUUUACAGAAUAUUUCUCUUUGAAUAAGAAAAGCGAGUAAAGAAUCAGUUUUCUAAUGUGAAUUUAACCUCAAGAUAGAGACACUUGCCUAUCUGAUAAACCACACAUUACUUAGGUAUAUGUAUUAUUGUAACCAGGUGGAGCUUCCAUUUUUAAGCUGGGUAUAUGAUGGAUUUUUGUUAAAAUGUGCCUUAAAAGCCUAUUACUUCAAGAGCAAAUGAUUCUUUGGGGGAAAGGCGAAAAUAAUCCUAUGGCUUUGGGCCCAAGUUCAUGGUAGUAAGUACACUUGUUGAUUAAUCACAUUAAUAUAAAUUACUGUCUCAAAUCUGUAAAGUGUGGCCAUGACCACUUAAUUGAAGGGAGAUGUAAGAGUUACAUCUAAGUACAGUAUUCAGUUUUUCCAGUCUGUGCUACUGGGAUUACAAAAUCUCUUCAAGUCCUUUUGCAUUUAAUUUUUGAUAUGGGAGUUAGCUUACUGCAGUGUGUGGCUUCAGUUAUGUCUCAAAUCUAAUACUGUAAGUACAAAGCUCAAAUACACGGCUAUAGUGACUACACUGGAAUUCACUUUCAAAGGUCAAGAACUUGACCUGCACCUUUGUAGAGCGGGGCAGCCCUUUGCCUUUUGAGCCAAUUGGAACUUCUGUGUAGAGGUGAGAUUCUGUUUGUCAUCUCUGGUUGUUUUCACCAAUACGGAUUACUAUGUAUGACCUGGGUGGAGUGUUUCUGAAAAAAAAAAACACUGGUUGACAUACACAGAAAAUGUUAUUUUGCAAACAUAUUUUGGGCUCUUAAGUAUAAAAUGAUUAAAAUCAUAGCAAUAGUGUUACACACAGGUUAUAUGCUAACUCUGAAACAUACUAUAGAAAAACAGCUGAACUGUCUUGAUUAUUAAAGUACAGUAUGUGUUCAGCGUGUAUGGACUGGAUAUAAUUUGUGAUCAAUAUAGUAUUUUGUUUUACUUUAAGCAGUACAUCAUUUGUAAGCGUUUUUAAACCAUUGCUUUAAAAAUUGUUAAACGUCAGUUUAAAAGCAUGUAUCACACGUUCAUGGUUUGGUAAGGUUUCCAUUUUAUUUUACACAUAGUCACGUUAAGCUUCCUGGGAGCAGAAUGGUCUCUUCAGUGAAAAGGAAAUAUGGCUUUUCAUGUUUGUGAGGUUAUUUACCAGGCACGUAUACCACUGCUUCAUUGGACCUGUUGGGGCCAUCCGGUAAAAUUUGUUUGCCCAGAUUAACCAGCUCUCAUUUCAUGAAAAUGAGGAUAGAUCACUAUUUGAAUUGAAUUUCCACUUUUUAUUACUUUAAAAUCCUUUUAUCUCUCCAUAUUUUUGAUGGAGACAUGCCUUUUAGGACUAUAAAAUAAUUAACUGUUAUUUCAGUUAACUUCAGGUAUUGAUUCUUUCUGCUGUGAUCAUAAUCCCUAGCCAUCUGGAAAUUUUUUUCCUAACAGUCCGCCUAUCAUUCUUUCCUUUGCUUAGUGAGAUUCUAUUCUAUAAUGACUUUAUAUAAAUAUAGGACCUCUAAGAGUUUUCAAAGGAGCCUUGGUGGCACAGUGGCUAAGUAGUUGACUGCUAACCGAAAGUCGCUCCACAGGAAAAAGACGUAGCAGUGUGUGUCCCUAAAGAUUUACAGUAGGGCAGUUCUGCUGUGUCCUACAGGGUCACUAUGUGUUGGGAUCGACUUGAUGGCAGUGGGUUUGGUUUUGGUUGGGUAAGAGUCCUCAGAGAGGGCUAGCUAGCAUCAGAUGUUAUAUCUUAAAUAUGAAAUUCUGUUUCUGAUUGGAAAACCUGAUCUGAAAUAAUUAUUCCAAGAUAUUUAAUCAGUAGUGAUAUUGAGUUGUCUUUAACAGAAUCUUUAAAUAAGUAUAGAUAAUACUGAUUGAGUGCAUACAAUAUGCCAGGCACUGCUCCUAAGUGCUGUGACAUAGCUAAUCCUCAUAAACCCGAGAGGUAGGUACUAUUAUGCUUAUUUUACAGAUGAGGUAACUGAGGCCAAAGAGAUGACAUGACUUGACCAAGAUCAUACAGCUGUAAGAGGCAAGGCAAAGAGCCUGACUCCAGCAUGCACAUUCUCAACCACAUUCGUUUCAGAGGCCUCACCAAAUGUCUUCAUAAAUGCCUUCCUUUUGCAAAUGUGACAAGACUUAGAGUUUAGGAUUUACUGCUACGUGGGCUUAGUAAGGCUUGUGUGCUGGAUAUUUAAAAAUAAAUACCUAUUUUUAUGUGUACUCCCUUGCAUGUUUGUAGAACCAACAGGAGCAGUCUUCUAAAUGUAUUUCACACAGAGAAGAAAGUCAACAAAGAUUACGCUUUUUUUCUUCCUAAUCCAUUAAGUAUAACUCUAAUACCAAGCAAUAAUAGCCACAGAGAGUGUUUAAAUAUCAGAGGAAAAAUUUAAAUACCUUUUACAGCCAUUUGGUAUUUAAAGAGGUGAUAGUAUAUCAGGCGAUGAGAAAAUCAUCUUAACUGCUUUCAUCCUUUUUCCUUGAGUUUUUAAUUUGUGUAACAAUAAUUUAUGGAAAACAAAACAUUAAUCUGGAUUAAGAUUCAAAAAAGCGCUUUAGUCUUAAUCCUUUCCAGAGCUUCAGACCUAUAUUUAAAUUUACUUUUGCUGGAAUGUUCUACAGGAAGAUCCUCAAAUCUAACGUGUUCAGAAUUGCACUUGGCUUCCUUCUCGCUAAAUCUGUUGCUGCUUCUAUGAUGGCAUGACUGUCCUUCCAGGUGCCCCUGCCAGAAACUUGGACCUCAUUCUUGACUCUUUCCUCUUGCUCACCUCCUGCAAUCACCCAUUUCUUACAGCUUAGUCUUAGGGUUUGGUUUUUUUUUUAGUCUUACAAAGAAGAGUCUGGUCGCACAGUGGUUAAGCACUCAGCUGCUAACUGAGAGGUUGUCGGUUCAAACCCGCCAGCUGUUCCAUGGGAGAAAGAUGUGGCAAUCUGCUUCUGUAAAGAUUACAGCCUUGGAAACUCUAUGGGGCAGUUCUUUUCUGUCCUAUAGGGUCGCUAUGAGUUGGAAUUGACUCUACGGGAAUGUUUUUUUUUUGAGUUAGUCUUACAAACGUCUGUUAAAUCUGUUCACUUCUUUCCAUCUUCUCUGCCACUAUCCUGGGUUAGACCACUGUCUCCUCUCAUUUGCAUCACAAUAGCCUCUUGACCACUGCCCCUCCGCCCCAUCCAUUCAUCCACACAUCCGUCCCACACAAGACCCACCCACACAAGACCCACCCACACAAGACCCACCCGGAGGGACCCUUGUAAACUACCACAAUUCUGACCCUCUCACCGUUAACACCCUCCAGUAGUAGCUCUCCAUCAUUCUUAGACAUCAGUCCACACUCUUUAAUUAAUAAAGGACCUGGCUCCCUGGUCCUCACCUACCUCUCUAGCUUUGCAUCAUCUUUCCUCAUCAAAGCUGGACACACAAGCCCAUACAAUGUAUGGCAAAUAAUAAAAGGAACCAUGUGUUUUAAUCCCUUUCUUUGUCAUUCAUUUUCAGAGGGAAAUUAUAAUUUUCUUUCAUUCAACAAAUGUACUUAGGGUGCUUACUAUAUGCCAGACACUAUGCUUAUUUUAGUAAAAUGGCUAAAUACUGGCAGAUACUGGAGAUGGAAGGAUUUUAAUAUCUAAAAAAUAAUAGAAAAUGAACUACUUUAGAUAAUCCGUUGUAGGUGUCCAUUUUUACAACUGCAGUUGGUUAGGACUUACCAGACUCCAGCAGAGACCAUGGAUAGCAAUAACAGCACCUGAGAAGUUGUUUUGUUCAACUAAUAGCAGACCAUAUGCUAUAUUUAAUAUUAUUAAUUUAAACUGUAACUAGGCUGUGAAAGUAGAAAUGUUUAUUGAAGUAGUGCCUUUCCUUAUAACUGAGAAAAGAGAUGAAUUAUCUUAAAAGCAUAAAGUUUUAAGUGUUAUUUUAAUGUUCAUGCUUUUCUAACUUAAUACAUAUAUGAACUCAAUAUCAUUUCCAGAAUUAGAUUUAAUAAAGAGUUUAUUUUACUAUUUCUCCUCUUUUUAAUCUGUUUGUAGCAGGGAACUAUGAGUGUUGCCUAAGGUGGAUAUUUAUGUUCUUUUUAUAUGUUAGCGUGAGAAACAGUAGAUGAUAUGAGAAGGACCUAACAGUAGAACGUAGGCCUAAGAGUUUUUCAGAUCAUUUAGAAUUUUGAAAGGCAGGAUGAUAUUUUUAAAUAUCCAAAAUUUGGCCUAACAGGCCGUCAAGAAGAUCUACUUUUGUCAGAAAUUCAAGCGAAGUUCGGGCAGUGAUCUUAUUUCGGUUGUCCCAUCAGUAUGUUUACAGUUUUCUGUGACAGUCAUGCUAAAGUGAAAAUAAAUACAGGCUUUAGUGGUCCCUAUGAAGGAGCCUUGGUGGAGCAGUGGUUAAGCGCUUGGCUGCUAACCUAAAGGUCGGUGGUUCGAACCCACCAGCUGCUCCAGAGGAGGAAGAUAUGGCAGUCUGCUCCUGUAAAGUUUACAGCCCUGGAAACCCUGUGGAGCAGUUCUACCCUGUCCUGUAGGGUCACUAAGAGUUGGAAUUGACUGGACAGCAAUGGGUUUGGAUUUUUGGUAUCAUAAUUUUAAAGAUACUUCAAAAUUCUAUCCUGUUAUUCUUCCCCCCAGAAAUUCAAUUUUAAGAUUAAAAAAAAAAAAUCUAAAAUAAAAGUUUUUAAGACUAGUCCCAAUAGUCUUGCUUUGUAGACUGUUUUUAGUUUCAAUAAAUGAUUUAUCAGUUAAAGCUGAGAUGAAAUCUGGUCCUUAGUAGUCAAACCUGAAGAAAUAAACCCCCUUAAAAGGCAAACCAUCCAUGUGAGCUCUUAUACCCAAAGCAGUGUUUGAAUGGUAUGUUUAACAUUGCCUUGGGACACCUGUAGGAGUUGCCAUGUUCCCGUUAAAGCCUGUGAUGAAAUCCAUUUUAAAGUUUUUAUUGUUGUGAGCCACAAUAAGAAAUACAUUCACAUUGCAAACUAUCACACUCACAAAUACUACUGAAAAAGAAGUCUCAUAAAAUAAUAUCCUUUCUACAGCCAAUGCAUUCUAGUAUUUUCUAUUUCAUUUCCAUUUUUUAAAAGAUCUCACAAUCCACUGAUGGGUCACAACCUACAGUUUGGAAAGAACUGCUAGCGUGAACCACCAGCCAUAUCAGAGAUACCUGAGAAGGAUUUUCUUCCCAGCCUAAAAUAUUUUACUUCUCUCUGUUAAUAUUUAAGGUUUUCACAAACAUAAGGGAAAUUCUGAAUAAGUUCUUGAAUUUUUCUCUCAUUUAAUCGGGGCUUUUUGCUGUUUAAUGGAGCAGUUUUACUUUUCACUGCCAUCCCUCGCAUGGUUUUGGAGACUGGAUUGUUUUAGGGGUGAGGACAGGAGGGUUUGCCAUCUGAGAGGAUCAUCUUUUACUAUUAACUCUAUCCUUGACUUCUGUAUGAUAACUGACUUUAUGUAGAGUUUAGCGACUCAUGCGUACACACAUCUGACUCUUUUGAGGUCCUUUGUUAAUUCAGGUGACAUUGGUCUUAUCCAAUAUCAACCAUCCUUGAGUUUGCCUUUUUUGCUAUUUUGACACCCCCAAGGAACCAACUGGACGAGGCUCUUCCCUGGAAUCAAACAGCUAUACUCAGUAUAGAGCAGGGUCCUAACUGCAGCUGCAGGGGGCCUUGAACACCCUGCUUCCUCAGUCUUUUCAAAUAAAACUGCUGGAAGGAGGGAAUCAUUCCCAUUCCCCAAUGCCAAACCAAAAACCAAACUAAACCCAUUGCCAUUGAGUUGUUUCCGACUCAUAGUGACCCUAUAGAACAGAGUAGAACUGUACCAUAGAGUUUCUAAGGAGCGCCUGGUAGACUCGAACUGCUGACAUUUUGUGUAGCAGCAGUAGCUCUUAACCAGUACACCACCAGGGUUCCCAAUGCCAGGAGUCAAAAAACUAAGGCCCUUCUGAAUGGCUAACUAAAAAAAAAAAAAAACUAGAGG